UCCUUACAGCUCACGAGUCACGAAAAGCCAUUUACGUGUGUAUAUAUAUAUAUAUAUAUAUUAGAGCUCCACAAGAAACCUUGUAAUGAGUCCUAAAACACUUCCGGCUGAUCAAACCACACGGCUAUCUAUCUUCUUCGGAGUUUCUUCGGUCCCCUGCAUAGAUUAGAUGCAAGUUACUAAGCUGACCGGAGAGAGGCCGCAGCGGCUCCAGGCAAGGCCACCACUGGGUGGAGAUAUUGCUGCAGCUGGGAGGAGUGGCCGCGGCAACCCUGCAGCGGUGGUGCCUCCUCGGAAUCGAUCCGUUGUGCCUGCGGGUGCUGGUGUUAGGCCAAAGGGGAAUUAUGGGCAGAGGGAGAUACUGAGGAGGGCGCUGACACUGCCGCCAAGGCGGCGGAUCAGCUUUCGGCGGCCGAACUUCCGACCAACUCCGAGCAGGCUGUCCACCAUGUCUACGGCCUGAAUCCUUCAUCUUUUUCGGGUCAUAGUGCACGGUUUUAGCCUUCAGGGAGUAUAGAAUCAGUUGUCGAGAGUUUACAUAUCCCUAUGAUCAGAUGUAUAUAUAUCUUUUGUAUUAGGACUCGAAUUUUCCAGGUAUUGUGGGACCAUUAAUUCAUCAAAAAGUUCAGAAGCGUGAAAUACUUCUUUUCUUUACGAGAAGAAUUAUGUCGGGAAUGUUAUUUCUUUCCGAUCUUCAUUAAUUUCAUUGGACUUCCCAUUUAUUGCA